AUGUCUGAAGACGACAAUAGCAUAAAGUUCUAUAGCGCAAAGAACAAUUAUGGGGAAUUCAGUAAUUUCUAUCCAUCACCCAUCGUUAUAGAUGAUGUAAUAUGGCCAACUACCGAGCAUUAUUUUCAAGCACAAAAAUUCGUAUCAGAUCCCGCCAUCGUUACCCGAAUCAGAGUUCUCCCGACACCAAAUGAAGCAGCAAAAGAAGGACGUCGUCGUGACUUGCCAUUACGCAGCGAUUGGGAAUCCGUAAAAGAGAUAGUAAUGAUGGAGGCAUUACGCGCAAAAUUCACACAACAUCCAGAAUUAGGUCGCGUGUUGUUGAGUACAGGUGAUAAAAAAAUUAUCGAGCAUACGAGCAAUGAUCGGUAUUGGGCAGAUGGUGGUGGUCUUGAUCAUGGACAGAAUCGGCUUGGUGUUUUAUUGAUGCGAUUAAGAAAUGAAUUGAGAGAAAAAGAAAGUGAGAAUAGUGGUAAUGACGAUGAUGUUUGUGAUAAAAAUAAUGAAACAAAGAUGUGA